GCGCGGAGGGAGGGGGGGGCUGCGCCGCCUGCCUGCCUCUGGCUUUUCUCUCUUCCUCCCUCACUCACUCUUCUUUGCCCUGCGUAGUGGGACCGGGGGAGUCCUGGGGCCCAGCCGACGCCUUGCCCUGCCCUGCCUGCCUGAUGCCGUUUGCCAUUCUCCGUGCCCAAUCGCCGCGGCGUCCCAGCAGUUAACUUGGGAUGACAUUUGGAUUUCAUCAUUAGCAUUCGGCGCUGGAUUGACGCAGAAGAAGCCGCCGUACCAGCAGCAGCAGCAGCAGGAGGAGGAGAGGCGGCCCCCGCUGACUUCCAAGUCCCGCCGGCUGGAGGGCCGGGAGUUCGGCUGCUGUGCGGCCCCCUCCCCUCCAUCCCUCUUCCCUUCCUUGCCUCCUUCCCCAUGCCAUCGCCCUAUUGGGAGCGACUCCGGAGCGCAGUGUGAAGGCCCCCCCGAGGACGGACGCCGGAAGCAUGCCUGAGACUGGACAGGACGCCCCCAGCAACCAAGAGCAGCCGCUGCCAGCGCCGCAGCCGCCGUCGCAGCCCAAGGAGUCGCCUUUCUCCAUCAAGAACUUGCUCAAUGGGGACCAUCCCAAGGCGUCUCUCAAGCAGCCCCGGGCGCUCUUCCCUCCGGCGGCCAAGGGGGCUCUGGAGGGGGCCGGCUUCGCCCUGUCGCAGAUGGGCGAUCUCGCCUUCCCGAGAUUCGAGAUCCCUGCUCAGAGGUUUGCUCUGCCUGCUCACUAUCUGGAGAGGUCCCCCGCCUGGUGGUAUCCCUACAGCUUGACGCCUGCGGGAGGCCACCUGUCUAGGCCAGAAGCAGAGAAGCCCAACACCGAGGACUGGGUUGCAAGUUCACUUUCUUGGGAGGCGCGGCUUCAAGGAAUCCGGUUUACAGCCUCAUCCUAUUGGCGUUUCCUCGGAAUUUCAGCGGACAAAUCCUUCCUCAGAGACUCUUCGCCGGCCUCGGCGGGCACAGACAGGGACUCCCCAGACGAGCCCUUGCUGAAGGCCGAGCGGGAGCCGAAGGAGCUGGACUCCAAGAGCCCCGACGAGAUCAUCCUGGAAGAGAGCGACUCCGAGGAGGUGAAGAAGGAGGAGAGCGGCGCCGAGGACUGGCCCAAGCGGGAGUCGGAGGGGGGGAGCAGCCCGGAGAAGAAGCCCUGCCGGAAGAAGAAGACGCGCACCGUCUUCUCGCGCAGCCAGGUCUUCCAGCUGGAGUCCACCUUCGACAUGAAGCGCUACCUGAGCAGCUCCGAGCGCGCCGGCCUGGCCGCCUCGCUCCACCUCACCGAGACGCAGGUCAAGAUCUGGUUCCAGAACCGGCGCAACAAGUGGAAGCGGCAGCUGGCCGCCGAACUGGAGGCGGCCAACCUGAGCCACGCAGCGGCCCAGCGCAUCGUCCGGGUGCCCAUCCUCUACCACGAGAGCGCCGGGGCCGACGGCGGCGGAGGUGGCGGAGGUGGCGGCGGGGGAGGAGGCCCGACGGCGGGCAGCGCGCCCGUCAGCCAACCCCUCCUCACCUUCCCCCACCCCGUUUACUACUCACACCCCGUGGUCACCUCGGUGCCGCUCCUGCGGCCCGUCUGAGGACUUGGCCUAGCCUAGACGGAUAGGGGACAAGUCAGGGAGGCACAGAGAGAGAGAGAGAGAGAGAGAGAGAAGCAGGGAGGGAGGAAGGGAGGGAAGGAAGGAAAGAAAGAAAGAAUCAGGGAUGGCCUUGUGCCUCUGUGAGUGGCUUCUUUAAGAACCCCUUUGAGAGAGAGCCACCCUAGCCUGCCUCUCGCAGCACACCCAAGCCAGGCCUCCACAGCGAAGUGAUCGGCUCACCAAGGAGCAGCUACAACGAUGGUUGCUGCGUAAGUAGUGCGCCCAGGCGGCAAAGCCACGCGCGGAGACUUCCCCUCCUUCCUCUCGGUUCAGGAGUACCUGUAAAUGCUCCUGAGCUCAAAUAAAGCGAUCCCGAGAGAACGACCAUCCGGGCUCUGUAAAAGCAGGGAUGGGGUGGGUCGAGGAGAGCGCGUGGGUUUGCCUUUUGUUUGUUUGUAAAAAGAAAAAAAGUUUGCUUCGAUUUGAGGUGUAAAAAUGGAGAAGGGCUGCGCAAAAGACCAUCCUCGCCUGGUGAGGGCGGCGGCGGGGGGCUUGAAGGGGACUCACCGGCCAAUUCUCCAAAUGCUGGUGGCAAACGGAAGGGUGGGCAGAUCGGUCGCUUGGGCCCCUCCUCGCCUUGAGGGUCGGGUACCGUUUUGAAAACGUCUGUGGGUACUCGUUCUUCCCGAGUUUCCAGUUCUCUCGGAUCUUUGAGGAGAAAUGCAGCGCGCGUCACCACGUACCAUCCACCUUUUUUCCAAAUGGCGUUUCUGUUAUUUUACUCCUGGCGGGCGCUUCUUUAUUUUUCUUUCUUUCCUUUUCAUAAGCAAGGAAAAGAUGUGGCGGAGAGCCUGGCUCUUUGUCGACCCUCCCUUCUUCGGAACAGCUUCUCUGAUUCAUACCGCUGACCUGUGCAAUAUUGUACAAUUCUGAAAGCACUGUGUGUGGGGGUGGGGCGGGUGGGGGUAGGGAGGGGACGGUUGUUGGCGAGGAAAGGUUGAGUUGAUGGGGGAGAAGUGUCCAAAAUAAUUGAGGGGGGCAAAAAGGGGGCGGCAAAAAAGCAGCUGCUCCUGAACUCCAGACUUCAAAAAAGGUCGAGUGCGUCGGGCGCUUUAAGUGAUGGACAAUCAGUCUCUUUAAAGACGAAUUGUAACUUCUUUGCUAUUCUGUACAGCUUUCUUGUCAGUUUCAAGGAGGGCGUGGGUUUUCGCCUGAAUGGAGAUCUCGAAUUCUUUCGUGUCUGUCUUGCUCACCUGUUGUCUGACAAAUUGUUUCCGGGCCUCCCCAGAGUCUCCCCUCCCCUCUUUUUUUCCUCUCCCUCUCUAGCAGGGAUCGGUCCUAUUUUUAAAAUUUGAAGAAAAAUCUUGUUAUAAUAACUCAGUGUCGUGAUGGAAGGCGGGGGACAAAUAAAUAAAACUUGUUCAUUACUGGUGAUGAUGGUGGUGUGUUUUUUUAUUUU